UCACACACAGGCACAGGGGCAGGGGCGAGCGCACCGGAGCAUCUCAGCCCGGCACAGCAUCCCAGCCAGCCUGAGCACCCCUCUGGUCCCCCCGCCCCGAACACCCUUAAAAAAAAAGAAAACAAAAAAUAGAGAGAGGAAAAAAAAAAAGUUUUGAAAUAUCCCACCUCCCUUCUUGCUUUUAUUUUGUUGUUGUUGUUUGAGUUUUGUGGUUUGGUUUGUUAGGAGGUUUGGUUGUUUUUUUUGUUUUUUUUUUUUUUUUUUCUGAUUUAGCGAUGGCAAAUUCCUUCACGGCCAGGAGCUGGCCGCCCAUCCCCUGAGCAAAGGCAGCCUGGACAUGACCGGCAGGCGAGGGAGGAGGAAUUUGGAUUCCCUUCGGAGGCAGGGGGGAGCCAGCGCGGGCAGCGGGGCUGGGACCGCUCCCCGCGGCCACUGUCCCCCCGCGGGGAUGCGGCAUCGCCAGCGCCGGGACCGAGCCCUGCUGCAAUGAGAUCUUGAUGUGAAGACCUCAAAAUAUCAGCAGAGGCUUUGCUUCAGCCCUAAUCUCAGUGUUAAUGAGCAAAACUUGUCCAAAAUUAGGAGAGAAGAUGGCCAUCAACUGGAAGGUCUGCUUUUUCAGCCUUGUAUUGCUUCCUGUGGUUGCAGCAACCCAUUCCAACUGCAUCAUCAAAAAGGAGCAAGAGACUUGUCUGGAGAAGAUCCGGAGGGCGACGGCCCUGAACCCUCUCAAUGAUUCCUCCCCAGGUUGCCCAGGAAUGUGGGACAAUAUCACAUGCUGGAAACCUGCAAGUGUGGGAGAAAUUGUCUUUGUCAAGUGUCCUGCACUCUUCAGAUUUAUCAUCUCUGAAGAUGGUUGGGAAGUGGAUAAUUUGGGGCAAACCCAUGCAGGUGAUUAUGACCUGCUGGAAAGCACAGCCCAGUCUCUCCUAGGGGACAUCAGCAGGAAUUGCACUGAGGAUGGCUGGUCUGAACCUUUCCCUCAUUAUUACGAUGCCUGCGGCUUUGAUGAGAACGAAACAGAGUCUGAUAACCAGGAUUACUACUAUCUCUCAGUGAAGGCUCUGUACACGGUGGGAUACAGCACUUCCCUGGUUUCCCUCACCACUGCCAUGGUCAUCCUGUGUCGCUUCAGGAAGCUUCACUGCACACGGAAUUUCAUCCACAUGAACCUUUUUGUUUCGUUCAUCCUCCGUGCAAUAUCUGUGUUCAUCAAGGACGGGGUUCUUUAUGCUGAGCAGGAUGGAAACCACUGCUUCAUCUCCACGGUGGAAUGCAAAGCAGUGAUGGUGUUUUUUCACUACUGCGUCAUGUCCAACUACUUCUGGCUGUUCAUCGAGGGGUUGUACCUCUUCACUUUGUUGGUGGAGACCUUCUUCCCAGAGAGGAGAUAUUUCUACUGGUACACAAUCAUUGGCUGGGGUACCCCAACAAUUUGUGUCACUGUCUGGGCAGUGCUGAGGCUCCACUUCGAUGACACUGGCUGCUGGGACAUGAAUGACAACACUGCCUUGUGGUGGGUGAUCAAGGGCCCCGUGGUUGGGUCAAUCAUGAUAAACUUUGUGCUUUUUAUUGGCAUAAUUGUGAUACUUGUGCAGAAACUCCAGUCACCUGACAUCGGGGGCAAUGAAUCCAGCAUUUACUUCACCCUCCCUCUUCCUCCCAGAUGCAGCUGCAGUCCCUGCCCAGGACACUUGCGCUGCGUUCAGAAAUGCUACUGUAAGCCUAAGAGGGCUAACCAGCACUCUUGCAAGAUGUCAGAACUAUCAACCAUUACCCUGAGACUGGCUCGCUCCACCCUGCUGCUGAUCCCUUUGUUUGGAAUUCACUACACGGUGUUUGCCUUUUCUCCUGAGAACGUCAGUAAGAGGGAGAGGCUGGUGUUUGAAUUGGGACUGGGAUCCUUCCAGGGUUUUGUUGUUGCUGUUCUCUACUGCUUCUUGAAUGGGGAGUUUCUCCCUAAAGGUGCAAUCAGAAAUAAAGAGAAAAUGGAGGAGCUGGAAAGUCAACCGGUAUUUUGCUGUGGAUUUCAAACAUCGCCAUCCUUCUCUAGCGAGCAGCGGAGUGAACGGGGGGACACAACUCUCCAUUCUGAGCAAGAGCAGCUCUCAGAUUCGGAUGUCCAGCAUAAAUGCAGAGAAUCUGGCGACAUGAGCAGCUGAGGAGAGCAAAGCAACCAACGAGCAAACCAAAAACCAUCCCUUGAAAAGGAAAAAAAAUGAAAUAAUAGUUUUGGUGGUGGUGCAGGUCUCGUUUCCUUCCAUUUCCCUUUCCUCUUCCUUUCCCUUUCCUCUUCCUUUCCCUUUCCUUUCCUUUCCUUUCCUUUCCUUUCCUUUCCUUUCCUUUCCUUUCCUUUCCUUUCCUUUCCUUUCCUUUCCUUUCCUUUCCUUUCCUUUCCUUUCCUUUCCUGU